AGUUCAUAUCAAUCAUUGCCGUUGUCCGCGCGCUCGCGUCAUGCCAGCUGAAAAAGGCAUUCUCUCAUACUUUUCUCCAUCUUCAAACACGGCGACCCAACGAAGGCCUGAUGAAGCCGUAGAUUCGAGCAGUUCGCCUCGUCAAGAAGCGCUCCGCGUGUCCAAGGUUUAUACGGGGACUUCAACAUCGAAAACGGCAACCGGUGUUUCGAUGAAUGAAUUUGAUGUCGUUUGGGCUCAGAUAGAAGGUCACCCGUGGUGGCCAGGAAUAGUGACCAAACAUCCGGGAACCUCCUUACUAUCAAAAGGAAUGACAACGCGGCUGUGGCACGUGCAGUUUUUUGGUGACCCUCCAACACGAGGAUGGGUACAAGAAAAGUUUGUUCAUCCGUAUUCUGGUUUGAAUGACGAGAAUGCUCCACUGUCUGUCGCAUUAGUAACUCCUGAUGUUAAAUCUGCAUGUCAGGAAGCAGACAAGGCGCUCAGAAUGGUGGGCAAGGAGAGACAAAAUUUGAUCAGAAUUAUAUCAUCAGAUGGAGAAGAGAUGGAGACAGAAGAGAGCAAAAUCGCAAAUGUUUUGCUUUCGGAUGACGACGAAGAGAUUAUUUCUAACACAAAACAACGAAACGAUGGACGAAAGAGACGAUCAAGUACAUUGUCAAUGGACGAGAAGAAAAAACAAUCUAAACGAAGGAAGAGAAUAAUCGAGGAAGAAUCAGAAGAUGAAUACCAACCUGCAGCAGAACCUUCCAGUGAUGACAACAUCAGUGAGGACGUCAUCUCUGAUAACUCUGUGUGUGAGCACAUAGAAACACCAAAAGCCAAGAAACGAUCCAAGAAAGAAGUGAAGGCAACUGUUUCGCAGUCAUUUGGCAUGGAAAGUGAUGACAUAUGCUCAUCGUUUUCAUCUACGUUUCUGUCUCCUUCUAUGCCAAUGAAACCACCAUCGGCUGCAGUGCAGGCGAGUGCAAAAGCUGCAGCUAAUGCGUUGGCCAAAUUCAGUUGCAGCUCGUCGCCAGGUGAAAAGCCAAAGAAUACUGCAAACGAAUCCACAGAGUCAUUUCUUCACGAUACGUUGUCAUUUCUUCAAGAUGGCAAGAGGAGAGACAAGGAAGGUCGUUUACCAUCUCAUCCACAAUUUAAUGAACGAACCGUUUAUGUUCCUACUGACUUUCUAAAGAAGCAAACUCCUGGCAUGCAGCAGUGGUGGACUGUGAAGAGUGACAACUUUGACACUGUCUUGUUUUUCAAGGUUGGCAAGUUUUAUGAGUUGUAUCACAUGGACGCUGUUAUUGCAGUCAAAGAACUUGGUCUCGUGUUUAUGAAAGGCGGAUUUGCACACGCCGGAUUUCCAGAGAUCUCGUUUGGUCGAUACUCGGACUCAUUGAUAGAGAAAGGAUACAAAAUUGGCAGAGUUGAGCAGACGGAGACUCCUCAAAUGAUGGAGGAAAGAAUAAAGAAACAUGGGGUAUCAGGUCGUAUUGACAGGGUGGUGAGACGUGAAUUGUGUGCAGUUGUGACAAAAGGAACGCGUACGUAUGGAGUGUUGGACGGCAACUGCUCAAACAGCGCGGGAAGCUACCUGAUGGCACUAACAGAAAAACCUUGCGGUGAGGUUGCUGGUGGAGAGUCGGUCUACGGUGUCUGCUUUGUCGAUACUUCUAUUGGAGAAUUUAAUAUUGGACAGUUUACAGACGAUCGUCAGUGCUCCAGGUUGCGAACAUUACUAGCUCAUUAUCCACCGGCACAUAUUCUUUAUGAGCGAGGUCGACUCUUGGACAAAACAAUUCAAGUGCUACAAAAUAGUCUCGCUACUGUGAUUAAAGAUUCUUUGCUUUCAGGAUCGGAGUUUUGGGAUGCUCAAAAGGUGUUGAAGUAUCUAGUAGAAGGCGACUAUUUUAAAGCAGACUGUUCAGAUAGUUCAGCGAAGUGGCCAGAUGGAUUUCAACGUUUUCUGUCCGAGAUUGAUUCACUUGGUUUGACAGCUCAUGAUGAUUGGCUGUUGGGAUUGAGUGCAUUAGGAGCAAUUACUUGGUAUUUGAACAAGUGUCUAAUAGACGAAGAAAUUCUUUCGCUAUCUAAUUUCACAAUCUACACGCCCAUAGACUCACACGGUGCUUCUCUCUCAGACGAUUCCCAACCACAAUUCCCAUUACCACAUCAGCACAUGAUUCUCGACGACAUCACUCUCAAUAAUCUCGAAAUAUUAACUAAUAAUUGGGAUGGGUCAAGAUUCGGUACAUUACUAGAAAUACUUGAUCAUUGUUCAACUGCAUUUGGAAAGAGACAAUUCAAGCAAUGGUUGUGUGCUCCACCGUGUCAUCCCGACGUUAUCAAUGCAAGACUGGAUGCAGUUGAGGAUUUAAUGGCAUUGCCAGCGUCGGUGACUUCAGGAACAAGGACGAUAUUAAAGUCACUUCCUGACCUGGAGAGACAACUUCGAAAGAUUCAUGCUCUUGGCUCUGUGUCUCGGAGUCAGGAUCAUCCAGACAGCAGAGCAAUAAUGUAUGAAGAGGCGAUGUACAGUAAGAAAAAGAUUGGAGAUCUUCUCUCAACCUUGGAAGGAUUUGCGAAAGCCGAAGAGAUCAUUGGAAUGUUUGAUGAAAGCCUAAAUGACAUACAAUCAGUUCUACUGAAAAGCAUUCUCACAGUCGUAUCUUCUGAUUCAACUGGUCCAGGUUUUCCUGUCUUGUCACAGAAACUAGAUUACUUUACAAGAGCAUUUGAUCAUGAACGUGCACGACAAGACGGAGUCAUCAAACCAGCCAGAGGUGUUGAUGCUAGUUAUGACUCAGCAGUGGUUACUAUUGAUGUUACACUGAAGAAACUGGAGACGUAUCUCAAUGAGCAGAAGGCUAGAAUAGGAUCAAAGCAAAUUUGCUAUGUUGGUUCAGGGAGGAAUAGAUACCAACUAGAAGUCCCUGAUUCGUUUACUGCAAAACUGAAUGGUUCAAAGUACGUUCUCCAGUCCCAGAGGAAAGGAUACAAACGGUAUUACACGAUGGAGAUUAAGGACACGGUGGCAACUCUUACCGAGGCCGAGGAGAGAAGGGAUGCAGCACUGAAGGAUAGAACGAGGAGAACAUUUGCUGAGUUUGAUACACACUUUCAUACUUGGUCAAAGGCCAUUCAGUGUCUGUCUGUGUUGGAUGUGCUUCUCAGCAUGGCUCACUUUAGUGGAAGCAGCAGUGGUGUCAUGUGCCGUCCUCAGUUUGUCAUGCCGAACUGUGACCAACAGCCAUUUAUUGAUAUCAAGAAUGGUCGACACCCUUGUAUUAGUCAGACAUUCACAGGAGGCGAUUUUAUCCCAAAUGACACGUCGGUUGGCAUUUCGAUGGAUGAUGAGGUUGAGUCGGUGUUGGUCUCUACUCCCGUUUGCGUUCUUGUUACGGGUCCAAACAUGGGUGGAAAAUCUACAUUGAUGAGGCAAACAGGAGUAAUUACAAUUAUUGCUCAGCUGGGCUGCUUUGUUCCUUGUGAGAGUUGCCGACUUACUCCUGUUGAUCGUGUAUUCACUCGUCUUGGUGCUCAGGACAGAAUCAUUUCUGGUGAGAGCACUUUUUUUGUUGAGUUGAGCGAGACGUCUAGCAUUUUACGACAUGCAACGAGACAUUCCUUAGUGCUUCUCGACGAACUGGGACGCGGCACAUCUACAUAUGAUGGAACAGCGAUUGCUUGUGCUGUUGUCAAUGAGCUGGCACAUGAGACACAGUGUCGAACUCUGUUUUCCACUCACUACCACUCACUAGUGGAAGAGUUUGCUGCAGAUCCCAAAGUUGCUCUUGGACACAUGGCGUGUAUGGUGGAGAAUGACUCAGACGAUCCCACCAACGAGACUAUCACGUUUCUGUACAAGUUUGUCUCUGGCGCUUGCCCUAAAAGUUACGGUUUCAAUGCAGCUCGUCUGGCUGGUAUUCCUGAUGAGGUAAUCAGUGUGGCAAAAACAAAAGCCAAACAGUUUGAAUUCAGUGUUCAGAGUGUCAAACUGUUUAGAUGUUUUAUGAGUGACGAUUCAGAUGACAGAGACAGUCUGCAAAAGGUGCUGCGAUUGGGAUUGGUUUAAGCGUAAAGGUAACGGUCUAGUGUAGAAAACUCUAUAGCAACGAUGCAAGUAACUUGUACAUGUCGUAUCUGUUCGCAUGUAUUGGGUUGCCUCAUCACAUCCAAGGCAGCAAAUGUUGGUUUUGAAUGGGUAUGAGGCCGUUUUGGUGGGUCAUACCUUGAAUAGGUAUAGUUCACUCGCUAA